CAGUGGAAGGUCACACGGAGCCGGCCGUCGGCGCGUGCGCACGUCGCUCCAACAAUAAACUAAAUAAACUAGCCGCCAUUACAGUCCCUGUAUAGUCGUCAACAGUGAUACGAGUGAUCGAAACAAAGUCGACGACUUGACCUACAGAUAAUUUGCUUCACGUCGAGUAAACUUUAAGUUCACUUCGAAGCUGGAAAUUGUGCAUGAUCUAACGUAUUAAAGGUAAUUAUUGAACAUGCAGUUUUUUGAAUAUUUAUUAGUUAUUAUUUUUAUUCAAUAUGUAUCGCUAAAUGUCACGGAAUCUGCAGCCUUGAGUGAUACAAACAUAACGACGAGCAUGGCGUCCAUUGAUUAUUCUACCGUCGAAAUAAAAGAGAAGCCUUUAUUUACGCCACCCUUGGAGGAGAUAGUGGAAGUGCUCUCUCGCAGUUUGCCGUCCACUUUUGAAUAUGUGAGCGUGACGGCCGAGGAGACUCCCGACCUCACGCAGCCUCCGUACAACCUCACCGCUCCAGGACUGACCGGCGACGCGAAACUGGUGGAGUUGGGCGGCCCGCCGUACCUCUUGCCGCUCGUGCGGCGCGACAAGCUGUACGACCUGGCGGCGCUGCUGCGCCACCUGCGCCGCGACCCCGCGCUGCUGGUUGGCGCCGGCGCCGGGCCCUGGCCCUACUUGGGCACCAACUGCGAGGGCAUCAUCAAUCUGAAGAUGGAGGGGGGCGUGGUGCGCCAGGGCACGCGCAUCGUCAGCGUGCAGGGGAGGAGCUACCGACAGGAGCAGCUCCCCGACACGGAGACGCGCACCGCUCUGCUCGGGAACUAUCUGCUGUCAGAAGGGAAGCCCGGUAAGGUUAUAAAGGUAGUGGCUAAGAAACGAAUCGGAGAAUCGAACUUCAUCACCGCCAUCAGAGAAGCUCUUAAAAAUCACUACGGCGCCAAUGUUGUUGGUCUGGGCGGCGCCUUCGUGCUGCGCUCGGGCUUGGUGAAGCACCACGUGAUGCCCGACUUCUCCGCAACCGCGCUCUGCAAGGAAGCCGACGUGGAAGGCUGGCUGCGCUUCUACGAAAUGCGCGCUCCCAUCACACACGUCGGCACGCUCGUCACCGGCGACCUGGGCCUGGACCUCCGCCUGCAUCACUUCCAUGGGUUCAGCUUGCACGGCGACGGCGGCCACUACCACUACGACACGACGCCCGAGGUCGUGCACUACGAGGGCUACUUCGCUCUCGCUCGCUCCGUCGUGCGCGUCGACGCGCCGCUCGAGACGCACUAUAUCGGUCGCGACUGACCGACCGCCGACACUGAUUUAUUUAAGUACGAUGUAAAAUGUCCCUGCGAUUUAAACUUAAAUUUCAUGUACGCGUCGAUCGCUUGUUGUAUAUAAUUGUUGUUAUUAUUUUGUUUUAUAUUUUACAAUAAAUGAAUAAUGACUAAGACGUCUUUGAUCAUCUUAUAAAUAAUAUUAUAUUGUAUUUGAAAUAAGCUUUCACUUUUUCAAGUGAUGGUAAAAAGUCUUAUAUAUUUAUUGUUAAAAUAUCCUUGUUAUCGUGCGCUCUUAUGUUCAGGGUUAAAGUUUCGCGGAACAUGACGUUCGGUUUUGUUCCUGAUUAAGUUUAAAUGAUGCAAUACUGCAGUCUACAUGCUUAAAGUUAUAAUAAAAAAUAGGUCUUAGUGUAAGUAACUUAACACUUGUUUUUAUAAAAUCGAAAUAAAUGAACGUUUAACAAUU